UAAACAGAGAAAACAAAUUCAAAAACCCUACAAAACCCUAACGCAUCAUCAUCAUCGCCAUCAUCACAAUGUCUGGUGUGUGGGUGUUCAAGAACGGGGUGAUGAGGUUGGUAGAGAACCCUUACAACCAAUCCGGCGCCGGAGAGUCGACGGAAUCUUCCGGCGGCCAGCAGCAGAGAAUGAGGAAGAAGAUUCUUUUUCAUCUCCCGACCGGCGAGGUUGUUUCCUCGUACGGUUCUCUUGAGAGAAUCUUGGUGAGUUUGGGAUGGGAACGUUACUAUGGCGGCGAAAACUCCGAUCUCAUUCAAUUCCACAAGAAAUCAUCGAUCGAUCUCAUUUCUCUGCCCCGUGAUUUCCUCAAGUUCAACUCCAUCCACAUGUACGACAUCGUCGUCAAGAACCCUAACAUCUUCCAUGUCCGAGACAUGUAAUGAUCAAAACCAAACUGGUUCGACCUAAUCGUCUCGCUCACUUACUUAUAUUCAUGUGUGUAUAUAUGUAUACAUGUAUCUGUAUAUGUGUAUCAUAUCCUAUGUAGUUUGUGUCGGAGGAGUUUUUAUCGGAACUGUACUCGCAUGCACGUUUCCGUACGAAGCCGUGAAGAACAUCUUAUAUAUAGAGAGUCGAGAAUUUCUUAUUUAUGUUUAAUUAAUUCUCUCUUUUUUUUUUCUUUGUGGUCUUUUGAUCUUCCGUGGUGUUUUUUGUUUCUUUUUCCAGUAUCGUGUCGGUUUGUAAUUUAUAAUAUAUAAUAUUAUAUAUGUCAGCUGUGUUUAAUCUGCUGGUUCGGGAUAUUGUCUAGGACUUAAUGAAAUUGCAGCGGUUUGUGAUAUAA